GCGGAAGAAAUAUUCACCUUCCUUCGAGUGAAACCACCUAUGGAUCGUGCAAUAUCGCUUUCCGAUCUGUGCAGGCUGAUGGAUAGGUGCGCGUGGGGUGCUCUGCGAUCUGUGUUGGGCGCAAUCCAACGGAUAACCUCACGAAAGAAGAUCAAGCAUUCUCGACAAUGGUCUAAGUUUCGUCCACACUUCUUUUGCUUCCAGUCUCUCUGUUACCCGCGGACGACAAAGAUGGCUGCCGAUUGGUCUCAACUCCCUGCAGAACUCCUGGAGAUCAUCUCAACCAAGAUCAUCUUCAUCACCGACUACCUUCGAUUUCGCGCGGUCUGCACGUCAUGGCGCUCCGCAUCGCCGGCGAGGCCCCGCCAUCUCCCCCCGCAGCUCCCAUGGCUUCUCCUCCCCUACGAUCCAUCACCGGACAACGCCGACGCCCGACGCCUCUUCUUCGACCUCCGCGACCGUAGAAUCCACCAGCUCGACCUGCCUGAAACCCGUGGCAAAGGGGUCUGUGGAUCCUCCCAUGGCUGGUUGGUACUCGAACGACACCUCGCCAUCUCCCUCUUGAAUCCCGUCACCAGAGCCUACAUCCAGCUUCCUCCAUUGAAUACUUCUCCCAAAUUUUUGUACUUUCCUCCUUCGGGGGUGCCGCGUCUUUUUCCAGCUCUAGAUGCAGGCCAAAUGUUCGAGAAACGUUGUAUAAAGAAUGUCACCUUGUCGUCGGAUCCCGCUUUGAACUCUGACUGCAUUGUUAUGGCUGUCCUCCAAUGGGAUGGGAUAUUGGCCUUCUGUAGAAUCCGGGAUGAAUCGUGGACGAUAAUAUCGGGGGCACAUUUCUUUUCUGACAAAAGUAUUGAUGUCGCUUAUCAUGAUGGAAGGUUUUAUUCAGUCACUGCUCAUGGACAAGUUACAGUUUAUGAUGUCAACUCUCCUCAGAGAAUUGUAUUGCCUUCAAGGCUGCAAUACAGCUGGGACCAGAAAUAUUUGGUCGACCAAUCAUCUCAGGAGCUGCUUAUGGUGGAAUGGAAUUUUAAAAGCCGAAGCGCCAAUGGUGGAUCGAAUAUGAUGUGUUCAAGUUGGAUGUAGAUGGCCAGCCAAAGUGGGUCAAGGUGGAGGACAUCGGCAAUAGCAUGUUGUUCUUGGGCGGUAUUAAUCACUGCUUCUGUCUCUCUGCUGUUAAUUUUGAUGGAUGGGGAGGGAAUUUUGUCUACCAUACGGUUCCCUAUUUUCUGCAGCCCUAUGAAGAUGGUGAUCUUGUAAGUCAUGCUGUGAAUUCUUUCAGCUUGAAGGAUGACUGCACCAUGCAAAUAGCAUGCAAUUUAGGUGUAUCUUUGCUACAUUGGUCACCACCUAUGUGGGUUACACCUAGUUUGUUUUAGGAAUGACUGGAAGCAUCUCAAAUCUGAUGGUAUUUGCUGAAUUCAUGUUUCCUUUGUCUUGCACAGAUAGUAUAAGUGUAUCCAUGGGCAUGUACACGGCAAGUGACAAUGGACUAUUCUUGGAUUAUU